AUGUCGGUUCGACAAAAAACCUACCCCUUGGGCUCGCCCGACAAUGCCCUGGCGGGGCAGAGAAUGUUCAAAACGCAUAAAGUCCUACCGCACCCCAACAGACAAAGGAGCGACACACCGCGCUCCUAUCAAGUACGAUCAGCCCCGAGGAAGUAUGAUCUAGUUGUCGACUGUGUACCGUCCCAAAGGGACGCGCCGCAACAGCAGAGCCCUCAGACGCUGAGACACCAACCGAAGCGAAUAGGCAGCGGGCCGGACUUGCCUCCGACACCACCUUCACACUCGCGCACCUCGUCGAGCAGUCGCUCCAUUCAGCCUCCGAGUCCAACGCCUGCCGAGAAUGUGUCGCAAACGCCAACGACACCUGCACGUGUACCUGCCACUCCUCCAAACCAGCAAAGUCCACCAACGCCCGACGUGACUCCUCCACAAUCUGCGACUCGCUCCAAGGCUGUUCGACCGAUCCCCAUCGAUCGCACAGUCUCGAAAGCCACCACAGUCGAGUCGCGGACUGCGUCCUUCAGAACUGCCAGAGAAGAACCGUACUCUUCUGAAGAUGACGACAUGCAAUCGACUGUUAGGCCAAACAUCCUUUCUGCGCGAACUUCCCAAAACACGGUUCGUCGGGUCUCUGAGCCCAGGGCAAAAUCACCAUCACCGGUGGGGCUGGGGCUAGGCCUGGAGUCGCCUUCGGAGGACGCUACAACUCCAAAGAUGAAAAACGACUUUAAUGCCUUUGACGGAGAAUGGACUGCCAACAAUGAAGUGGAACAAGAGUGGGACGACAACUUGGGCAGGACCGUCACAGUGAGGAAGAGGCGCCAAGAACCAAAAACCGCACCCCGGGCUGGGAGACGCAAGGUUGAAAUUUUUGAAGAUCGUGUGGUCACGCCAACGAACGCGACAAAGGCGUUACGCGCGAUGUCUCAGCGUGAAAGGGCAGCUUUCUACGCACCGAGUGAGAUCGCCUGGUCCAACACGCCAACCUAUGAAUCCUUGGCCAACCGCGAUGCUCGGAGGUUCUCGGGCAUGUCCACCAAAUCUACAAGAUCGAAUGCCUCGACGAUUGUCGAGGCGAUCUUGGUUGAUGCCCCUUCAAUCCCGCAAAGGCGACAGACCCUCAGACACGUGCAAAAGCAGCUCAGUCUGAGGGAUUCAGGGUCCGAUCGAUCUCCUUCUAGCUCCGCCGCGAACUCGGCCGUCCAGCUUGGAGGGUCUCCAAGGCGUCCAAGACCGCUGGCUCGUCCCAGCGGCAGCCGUCACAACAGCUACGCCUCGAACACGACUUUUAAUUCCAUCUCGAGUGGUAAAGCUCGUAGGGAGAUCUGGAAGAGCGGUGGCAUCCCUGUCAUUGUUAUUCCGGACCGUCGCUCAUCCGUCAAAUCACAGUCCAGCGCGGCCCCGUCUUUGAGAUCCACAAGCAGUCGAAGAUCCAAAAGAAGUGCAAGCUUGAAUUCGGCGACUCGUGCCAAUGGACCGAGAGGCCACGACUUACCGACGCCAGUAUUCGAGCGGCCAGGGCGGAGAAACCGGUCCAUGUCAGAGUCUGAUGGCUCUAAUCAACGGACGAUUGACUAUCCACCUGUUAUUCCGAAGCGAUCUUCUUCACUGUCUGCGCCGACCAGCCGCAACACAUCUCGUGCCGGCUCACUUACUGCGGACAGCCUCAAGGCUCAAACCGCUUUGUUGGGCCAACCCUCAGGACAUGAAAUGAGAGCACCCGCCUUGGCCCUCCAAAGGCCCACCUCAUCCGGGACCGACAAUGGUCACCAUCAUCGGGACCACAAGCUCAAUGUAGACCAUCUCGGAGAUCCCUUCUUUGGCAGGCGGUUAUCUACGCAGAAUACUCCUUUCUCGGCGGCUUCCGUGACGACGAGUGGUACUGCCCCUGAAGUUUCAGAGGCGAAGGCUGUGAGCUUGUAUCCUCAUCAAAAUUCGUCUGUCCUCGUGGUGAAUCACUCGAACAAGCCCUCAGAGUGCUCCGACGCGUCCCAAACGGACAAGGAGCUGCCAGAGUCACCUUCAAGGCCCGCGAUAAUCACUACCGGUCCAGACGAGGAAGGGCUUGUGACGCCACCGCAUCCUCAGCAUACCAUGGACGAUGUGGACUCGCCACUUCGCAACCCUCGAACUGCUCCGCCAGUGCCUCCCGUUAUUCCUCCUGCUAUUCAGUUCAUUCCUGCAACUCCUUCAGGCUUGACACCGAAUCACGAGAGGGAGCGCAACAUGGGCAACUAUUUUGAGACAAUGGCGGAUGAGCAGCCGCAGAAAGGUGGAUCUGUCGUCCGCAGGGCGCUAGCCCGGAGACGAACCUCAGAGAAGUAUCCGCCUAAAAGCGGCAGACCGGGACUAUUGACCAGGACCUUUUCUCUCACGCGUAGAGGUUCAAGCUCCAAAAGUCACUCUUCUAUGGAAGGACCUUGCUUGUGCCCGGACUGCCAGGCACCGCCGCCCGAGGACGAUCGACUCCACCCGCAUUGGCGCCCUGCCUACGCUGAUGAGGAUGACGAUAGGUGGGAGAGGGAAAUGGAGGACGAGCCCAUCAGCCAGGUGUAUCGGUACCCUCCGAUCGACAAUCGUCCAACUUCGCGAAGAAGCAUCAGCGCGCGGGUGAAGAAGACGUUUGCAAUCCUUCCCAACCGUGGUGAGGGUGACUUCUACACGUCAGAGACGCGGAAUGAGCCUGAUAGACGCACCAUACGCCGGACGGACAGCGGCAACCUCCGUGUCAUGAGGCGCCGGAGCAGCUUAGACUCUCUUCGCGACCAGUCGGCCAACCCCGUUCCUUACAUGAGUACCGUCGCCCAACGCGACAACAAUGAGGAGGCCGGUCCGAAGAAGAGAAGACGCUUUUCUAUCUCGGGUACGUUGGAGGGGUUACAAAACCUGCCGAGGCAAAUGAACGAGCGUAAACGAGAGAAGAGGACGCAGGAGCUGCGCCAAAAGAUAAGCGGGCCGCGCGAAGUACGGGAUGGCAUGGGAGACGUCAUUCGACCAAACACAUACCGCGACUCGUACCAACAAACUAGCUUGUCGAUUCACCAUUUUUGA